AUGAGCGAUUUUGAAUCCAUGGAAUACGACUCAGAAAUGUCAGAAAUGAAUAUGGAUACAGCGUCCGAUUUAGAAGAUGAAAUGUUAAAUCCUGGUCCAUGGUUUCCUGUAUUUGACACGGAAGAGUUUGACAUGCCAGAAAUGCAGGAAUUUCGGGGAAAUCGUCUGGGACCAGUUGAUGUUCGGCCGGAUGAUAAGCCUCAUGAAUUGUUCCUUUCAAUGGUGACGGACCCAGAAAAUGUGGACAACAAUGUGGUGGACCUUCUAGUAAAAGAAACCAACAGAUACGCAGAAGAUAGGAAAGCAGUCGGAAAUUUGAAACCACGAUCAAGGCUCCAUAUGUGGCGUCCAGUCAAUAAUGAAGAAAUGAAAGCUUUUCUGGGACUCCUGCUGCUAAUGGAAAUAAUACAGAAGCCAACAUUAGCUUCGUAUUGGGAAACACAAGACAAGCUGUGGUUGAGACGAACGCCUUCUUUCCGUUCCGUGAUGACAAGGGACCGAUUUUUAGCCAUUUUGUCUAAUCUUCACAUCAAUAAUAACCAGACAGCACUGCCAAGGGACCAUCCACAGUAUGAUCCAAUGCAUAAAGUGAGACCAGCUAUAGAUGUAUACCACGACAACAUAUUUAAAAAAAAUCGUUUUAAAAUUAAAGUGAUUUUCAUUAGAAAUCUUUUCUACCUCAGGUUAGGAAGAGACAUUUGUGUAGAUGAAAGAAUAGUCGGAUUUAAAGGUAGACAUAAUAUCGUCCAAUAUAUUUCAAAGAAAAAGUCCCAUCAGUGGGGAGCCAAGCUAUGGGUUCUAAGUGAAUCUGAUACAGGUUAUACUGAGCAAGUACAGUUGUACUUUGGAAGACGUAACCGUCAGCAGCCAUAUCCCAAUGGAGUUGGCUAUUCAGUUGUUACAGAGUUAGUGGAGCCACAUUAUAAUAAAUUUCAUCAUGUCACAACAGACAGCCUUUUUACCAGUCCUAAACUAACACACGACUUGCUGGGUAAUGACACUUACUCCACUGGAACAGUCUUAGCAGGCAGGAAGGGAAUGCCAUUAAGUUUUAAAACGUUGAAAACCCCUAAAGGAACGGUUAAUGCUAAGAAGCAGGGAAAUAUACUAGCAAUUCACUGGUCUGAUCGUCGGCAGGUGCGAUUUCUUACAUCAUCUGAUCAUUGCAGGUUGGAAACUGCUUCAAAUUCUAAGGGAAAGGAAAAGGUCGCUCCGGGAGUUGUCCAUACUUACAAUGAAAACAUGGGAGGAGUAGAUUUAGGAGAUCAACUUUUAUCAGUGUAUGAUCCAGACAUACGUUCGGUGAAACUAUGGAAAAAGAUUCUUGUUAAUCUUUUAUUGACUGCUUGUGUGAAUGCAUAUAUUUGCCACAAGAGAUCAUUCCUCUUGGGUAGAAAGUUAACCCAUCUUCAGUUUCAACAAGAAAUUGUGACUGGCUUAGUUGGGGACCAUACAUUUCAACGAAGAGUUUUGGAUAGGAAUGGAGAAGAUGACACGGUGUUGUUGGCUGAAACAGCACAGGACCUGCAGACUCAACUCAAUGCUUUCAAUGAUUAUUGUAAGGCUUGGCACUUGAAAGGAAAGUUGUCAAAAUUAAAGUCUUAG